UUUAAGUCUUCUCCGCGGCGCGGAGCCGCGAUGUCUCCGGCGGCUGCGGCGCCCGGAGGAGGCGAGCGGCGGCGGCCGAUAGCGAGCGUCAGGGACGGCCGGGGCUGGAGCGGCGGCGGGGUGACACUCCUCGGCCUGUCGCUGCUCGGCCUCGUGCUGUACCUGGUGCCGGCAGCGGCUGCGUUGGCCUGGCUGGCCGUGGGGGCUACCGCGGCCUGGUGGGGACUGAGCCGCGAGCCCCGAGGUUCUCGUGCUGUUUCCACGCUCGUUCGGAACGCGCGGCGUCAGCGAACACUGCUCGCCUCGCCUCCGGCCAAGUCGGCAGUAAACGGAAACCUUCUAGAGCCGCGGACCCUGCUCGAAGGACCCGACCCGGCUGAACUGCUCCUCAUGGGCAGUUACCUGGGCAAACCCGGCCCCCCGCAGCCUGCGCCGGCUCUGGAGGCCAGAGACCUGCGGGAGAGGCCUGGCCGCCGCCCGCCCCCCCGCACCGCGCCGCCGGCUCACUCGGCUCAUCGCGUUCACCACGUUCACCCCUCUCUCCCCACUUCUCUUCUCCGACCCUCCAGGAGGCCUUCCCACAGGGAUUGUGGGACUGUAUCAGAUCGGUUUCUAAUAACACCUCGAAGACGAUAUCCAAUCCAGCAGGCCCAGUAUUCCUUUCUGGGGGUGCUUCCCACAGUGUGCUGGAAUGGUUAUCACAAGAAGACGGUGCUAUCUCCUCGUAAUUCCAAAAUGGUGUGCAGCCCAGUAACAGUGAGGAUUGCUCCUCCCGAUAGCAAAUUGACUCGUUUUCCAGCACCAGAGCAGUUAAUCAGCUCAGCACUGUCCUCACCAUCAAGUAAUGCUCCGGACCCAUGUGCAAAGGAGACUGUACUGAGUGCCCUCAAAGAGAGGAAGAAAAGAACAGCGGAGGAAGAAGAACAAAUAUUUACUGAUGGUCAGGAAAAUAAAAGAAGGCGCCAUGAUAGCAGUGGGAGUGGACAUUCAGCCUUUGAGCCCCUGGUGGCCAAUGGAUUCCCUGCUUCUUUUGUGCCUAAACCUGGGUCUCUGAAAAGAGGUCUCAAUUCCCAGAGUUCAGAUGACCACUUGAAUAAGAGAUCCCGCACCUCUUCUAUGAGCUCCAUGACGAGCACAUACACAGGUGGCAUUCCUAGCUCCAGCCGCAAUGCCAUUACCAGUUCUUACAGUUCUUCUCGAGGUUUCUCUCAGCUAUGGAAGAGAAGUGGUCCCAGUACAUCACCCUUCUCCAGCCCAGCCUCAUCCCGCUCCCAGACACCAGAGAGGCCAGCAAAGAAAAUAAGAGAAGAGGAACUUUCUCAUCAUUCUAGUUCUUCAACUCCAUUAGUAACAGAUAAGGAGCCCCAGGGAGAAAAGGUCGUAGAUACAACCGCAUGCAAGAAACAGAACUCAUGGAAUUCCCCAUCUACACCUGGCAACUCUGGGCAGCGUAAACGGAAGAUUCAGCUGCUGCCCUCCAGGCGAGGGGACCAGCUGACCUUGCCUCCACCUCCCCAGCUCGGUUAUUCAAUCACUGCUGAAGACCUAGACUUGGAAAAGAAAGCUUCAUUACAAUGGUUUAACAAGGUCUUGGAGGAUAAGACUGAUGCUGCCUCAAACUCUGUCACUGAGAACCCACCUACCACUCAGCCUUCUUUUACUUUUACCCUGCCUGUUACUGGGACUGCUUCCUCCCCAACCUCCCUCCCAGCCCCAAGCACUAACCCACUGUUGGAGAGCUUGAGGAAGAUGCAGAAUUCCCCAGGCCUGCCAUCCUUCUCAGAAUCUGCUGGAGUGACAGCCACUGUGGCCCAUUCGCCUCCGAAGACACCCGGCCUUCUAGGCCCUCUUGGCUCUUCACAGUCAGCGCCCCUUCUAGGCACCUCUUCAGACUCCAAAUCCACGGUCACUUUCCUGGGGCUGACCCCUGCUUCUUCCACAAUACCAGUCAGUGACACUACCAAGUCACCUCUGGCACCUCAGGCUGAAACAUCUGCUAAAUCUCAAGCCCUGUCUGCCCCAUCCCCCACCCCCAAGCAAAGUAUUCUGUUGGGAAUGCUGAGCACCCCACCUGCUAACCCUUCUGCCUCUGCAGCUCCUGCUGUAUCUUCGGCAUCUCCCACAUUCAAGCCCAUUUUUGUGGACCCACCUAAAAGUGAGAAUGAGAGCCCAUUACCAUCUAGUCCUUCCAAGGUCACAACCACAGCAUCUUCCAGCUCUGCCCUCCCCACGACUACUAGCACCUCAUCUGUCACUUUCAAGCCUAUCUUUGGCAGCAUAGGGCCACCUACAUCUGUGCCCCUGUCAACUCCCUUCUCCUUCAAUCAAACAACUACUCCAGGCACAACCACAGGUGCCCCUCUCUUCACUGGCCAGGCCAGUGCCACCACAACAGUAGUGUCCAUGACCACAGCCAGCACCUCUGCAGACUCAGCUUCGAAGCCUGCCUUCGGCUUUGGUGUGAGCAAUGUGACCAGCGCCAUGAGCAGCAUGACUAGCACCACCACUUCCACCUCCCAGCCUUUUCUAUUUGGGACUCCCUCUGCCUCUGGUGCCAGCUUUACGCCCGCCAUGGGCUCCAUAUUUCAAUUUGGCAAGCCGCCUUCCAUGCCUAGUUCAACAGCAGUCACCACCUUUUGCCAGUCCCUACCUAGUGCUGUGCCGACAGCCACCAGCAGCAGCAGCACCACUGGCUUUAGUGGUUUUGGCAGCACUCUUACAGCUUCAGCCCCAGUCACCACCAGCCAACCUACGCUGACAUUCAGUAGCACUACCACCCCAGCAUUCAACAUUCUCUUUGGCUCAAGCACCAAGGCCCCUCUCCCAUCGUAUCCAGGAUCCAACCCCCAGCCUGCAUUUGGGGCCACUGAUGGGCAACAGCAGGGGGCUACCAAGCCAACCCUUACCCCCAGCUUUGGCAGCUCUUUCACUUUUGGAAACUCUGCGGCCCCAGCCCUAACUGCAACUCCAGCACCAGCCCCGGCCCAGCCAGUCUUCGGCAGCACUGCGCAGACAGCUUUUGGUGGUUUGAAAUCCACAGCCUCUGCCUUUGGCACGCCUGCCAGCACUCAGCCAGCCUUUGGCAGCACCACACCUGUUUUCUCUUUUGGUGCAGCCACCACCUCUGGCUUUGGAGCUACAACCCAGACCACUAGCAGCGGGACCAGUAGCUCAAUGUUUGGCAGCACAACACCAUCACCCUUCACAUUUGGGAGCUCAGCAGCCCCAGCUGGUGGUGGGGGCUUUGGGAUCAAUGUGGCUACCCCAGGCACCAGCUCCACUUCUGGAUCAUUCAGCUUUGGAGGACAGAGCGGGACCACUGGAAGCACAACCCCCUUUGGGGGAUGCUUGAGUCAGAACAGCUUGGGUGCACCCAGCCAGAGCACACCCUUUGCCUUCAAUGUGGCCAACGCACCUGAGAGCAAACCUGUGUUUGGAGGCACCUCCACACCUACCUUUGGUCAGAACACCCCUGCCCCUGGGGUGGGCACAUCGGGCAGCAGCCUCCCCUUUGGGGCAUCCUCAACACCCACCCAAGGCUUUGUCGGAGUCGGACAUUUCGGAUCGGCGGCCCCUUCAUUUUCCAUUGGUGCAGGAUCCAAGACCCCAGGGGCUCGACAGCGACUGCAGGCUCGAAGACAGCACACCCGCAAGAAGUAGCCUUUGUCCCUUGCCCUUCAUUCCCCCUACCCCUUGCCCAAAUCUGGACCUCAGCAUCUGUUAGCAAGAGCCUCUGAUUUGUCUAGUUCCUUAAGGCAAACCUACCUGAGACCUCUGGCUUCAGCCACCGAGGAGGUGGUAGCAGCCCUGGCAGCCAAUUCCCUCUCCUGGAGGAAGCAGAAGCCUCAGGCCUCCUUGGGGAGAGAGUGGUAGGAUGUGGCAGGGCAAAAGCCUGAUCCUUUACUUGAACAGUUGGCUGGAGAGAACUAAAGAAACAGCUGUACAUAUCGUCCACUUCCCUGACUUGUUUAGUGUAUAAGCUUAGCCAGGGGGCCUCCCUUCUUCCUACCUACCCCCCCACCCCCAAGCCAUCUUUGCCAGAGGGUAGGAGGGAGAGCCCUGCCCACUUGCACCUCUGGUAUGCAUUUGAUGGGAUUGGGGGAAAUGGAUUAUCCCUAAAGCUUUACCUUGCUUGGCUUGGCUAUAAAAGGUGGUUCUCCUCUGGUCCCUUUAGGGGACUAUUUCCCCAUUUCUUGCUGCUUUGUCCCUCACUGGUUCUUUGUAGGAUCUAUUCCUUUUUAAAUGAUCUUGAAUCUAGCUUUGCCUUGGAGAUCCCAGUGGGUGCUGCUUCUGCUGUUCCACUUCCUCCUGCCAAGUCUGAGUCAGUGUUUAAUUCCCAAACCUGCCAGUUUGGCCCCUAAAAGCUUGGUGGCUCAAGACUGUUAGCCUGGCAGAUCUAGGGGUGAUCCCUUGCUCCAUAGAGGGAAACUCUUGGAAGCAGGCAGGAUGCCCACUGCUGCUUUCAGCUGCCUCCUCGCUCAAGCUCCCUGCUGGCCUCAUUGGGCACGUCUGCCUCUCCAGGAUUGUAUGUUUAAAGCCUUGUCCUGUGUUACUUUGUCUGAUGCUUAUGUCUAUUGCUCUUUGAAUCGAGUUUGGAGGAAGAAUCGAAUUGUAUGAGUGGCGGCAUGUUGGUAGUGCCGGACUUAACUGUUUCAAGUUUCUAGGACUUAAGCUAAUUGAAUGUGGAAAGUAGCACCACUUUAUGGCUACAAGUGCCGACUCCUAGAUUUUCAAAUGGUGUUUGACUUUUAAGGGCUGGCAGCCCAGGAGGAUGGGGCCAAGGGGAAGCAAAGACCUCUUCUCUCUGCUGUGUGUCUCCCACCUUCCUGACCUCACAGGAGGCUAGAUCACCCCUAGUUACAUGUUAGAAAACCUAAAUUAAUGACCCAUACUUAGUUUUUUUUUUCCCUUCCCAACAGCACGUCCAACCCUCCCCCUUUUCUUCCUUUCUUCCAAAACCACAUACCCCAGGCCCAGGAGCCUUGCUGCCAUGCCCAUCUUUGGGAGAAGUAUGAAUGCGUAUGUCUAAAUUAAAAGAAAAAAUAUUUAAACAUUUUUUAACAAAAUAAAUUUAUUUUUGUAUUUAAGCUAAAUUGCCUUUUAAAUUCCUUCAAGCUUGGUUCAUUGAGGUGGUUAAGUAUAAAUGCUAUUGACUAGGAAUUAGCCUGUAUAGUUAAGUUAUGCCUGUGUGAAGAAGAGGCUCAAGUGCUGUCCCAGGCAGCUUUCCUGAGGGACUAGAGCUCCUUCUGGACACAUUAUACAAAAAUGUAAUUCUUACUUUAUAAAUAAUGUGACAUUAGAUUAACUAGUCCUUCUGCCCCCUUCGUGACUGAGGUUGAAUGUUUUGUGGCAGGGGACUGUUCCUCCCUAACCCCAAGAAGAGCUCUGUUAAUACUUAACUGUCUGUGGAGCUGAAGAGGGGGCCUGAACCUCAAGUCCCAAAUACAUAUUAGGAUUGGAGGGGUGGGGUGGGGCACGGGCCUAGAAAUCAAGCUUCUACCUAUACCUUAAGUAAGGUAGACCCUCUUAGUUUUAGUACUCUGAGCUAGUUUACCUCAGUGCCACAGGCAGGACAGUUGGUCCAGGAACUCCCUGAAGAGGGUGUCCUGGCACGCCUGAGUAUGAGUGUGUGAGUGUGUAUGUGUACAUGUACGUGCACUGGACAGGAACGGGAGGCUGGGACUUUCCAUUACAAAUACUUAAUUCCUGUGAGUCUAGUUGGAAUUUUUAGUAUGAAUGUGAGACUUUUCUCCUUGCUUAUGUCAUUAAGAAUUAAAAAAAAGAACUGUGAUCUAUUGUA